CCCGACUGGGGAUUGGCGCGACUGCUUGUCAGUAACUGAGCCCUGCCUUCUCACAGUGUGUAUGAGGGGAGACCGAGCCAGACAGGGACGGACCUGACCCCCCCUCCCAGUUAUCAGCGCCAGCACCGCCGACCCGGAGCCGUGCGCCGCUCCGUGACACCUGCCAGGGAUGGAGGGAGAGAUGCAUCCCGCAGAUGAGGGGCCCUGCGCCCCCAAAAUGUGCAGACAACAGCGGGGUCCGUACAGCACCCUGAAAACCUUCCAGAGCAGACGCUGGGCGGGCAAGACCCGCUUUGACAGGUCCGGUAUGGUCGACGUGCCUCCGUUUGACGACGGGCAUCACUUCACUUUCCAUCCCGAGCAGACACACCAUUUCCAGCCCCUCCAUCACCACCAGCAGCACCAGCAGCUCAACCAGAGCAGCGUCGCUCUCAGUAGCAGCCAGCAGCAGCAGCAGCAGCAGCAGCAGCAGCAGCAGCAUCGUUUCCCCUGUGAGAGCAGGCCCAGCAGCAGAGUCCCGACAUCCACCUCAGCGCCGGCAGGCAGCGCGGCGGGUACCCAGGUAGGGCGCUCCAGCGGCGGCAGAGCGGAGUCCAGGUUCUCCCCUGACUGCUCCUAUGGCAUCAGCUCAGAGAACCGUCUCAUCCUGGACGCCUUUGCCCAGCAGUGCAGUCGAGUCCUCAGCCUGCUGAACAACGGCCGUCUCCUGGAGCCCCCCUCCUCCUCUUUCACCUCCAGCAUCAAGCUGGAAAACUGUUCAGGGGAGAUCCAAGGCCUUCACUGCUCCAAACCCGAGGAGAGCUCCUCCACCACAGACCCGGAGGAGGAAGCCCAACAAAGCCAUCUGAGCCAGCACCAGACCUCGGCUGUCCUCCGGAUCUUCACUGACUCCCUGCAGAACUACCUGCUCUCAGGGCCUCCUCAGAACCAGAACCAGCAUCUGUCUGAGAGCCUGGAGGAGGAGCAGUGUCUGUCAGCCGAGCCCGGGUCAGGAGCGUCCCCUCCCAGACACAACCUGGCGGGCUGGGGGUCUCCGACUCCGUCAGAGUCGUACGGCCACCCGUCGUCCACGCUGCCCGAGGAGGACGAGGAGGAGGAGGAGAGCUGCUGCCCGCGCUGCCUGGAGCUGGAGCAGGAGGUGCUGUCUCUGCAGCAGGAGAACGAGGAGCUCCGCAACAAGCUGGAGAACGUCCCAGCUCCCUGUCAGAACGUUCUCGACUACUUUAAGACUGUUCUCGAGUUUCACAACCAGCUGGUGCCGCCGCUGCCGGAGGAGCCGCUCACCGAGGAAGAAGAGCGGCAGACAGUGUUUGAGGGCAGCAAGCAGCUGCUGGAGAACUACCCUCUCUUCAUCACUAACAAGCAGUGGGAUGAAGCUGUCAAUUCCUCAAAGAAAGACGGCCGGCGGCUGCUGCGUUACCUGAUUCGUUACGUCUUCACCACAGACGAGCUCAAGUUCUCCUGUGGACUGGGGAAAAGGAAGCGUUCAGUCCACUCGGGAGAUCCAGGCCUGGAGAGACGGCCGCUCAACCCGCUCAAAGUCAGCUGCCUCAGAGAGUUCAUCCGGAUGCACUGUGCCUCAAACCCUGACUGGUGGAUGCCGUCAGAGGAGCAGAUCAACAAAGUGUUCAGCGACGCUGUGGGUCAUGCUCGCCAGGGCCGAGCGGUCGGCACGUUCCUGGGUAGCAGCGGCAGCAGCACCAGCAGCCUCUACAUGGACGCCUUUGAUGGACAUUUGUCACAAGACGAGCUGUAUUUAAAAGGCUGCCAGAACAGCCAAUCAGACUGAAGAGAGGGAAGGAAUCAAAGACAGAAGCCGUAAAUGUAGCCACAUUACGACAUAUCCCGAAACACUGACCUGAACCUGUCACUUUAUCCUGUGAGGAAAACAUUCCAGACGCUAAUCCAACAUAAGAACACUUCAUCCUCUGUGUCAUUAUGUUCACUCAGCAUCUGACAUUUCAAAUGUUUGGUCUUCCAUUCACUUCCUUUUUUAUCCUUUGUCGUUUACAGAACUUACAUCAGCAUCCAACCAAUACUUCAGAUUGUGAACAUGCUAACCUUCCGGUCAUCAGAAACGUGUCUGAUGCGUGUUUGGUACGUCACAGAAGAAGCUUCGAUAUGUUAGCGUGUGGCUAGCUGAGCGCCUCUGAGACUUCAUGUUUCAAACACUUGGGGAGAAAAGAGCCUUCCAGUGAGCUCCAUGCAGCUUCACUAGAGUUAAAGACUUUUGCUAACAGACGUUUUCAGAGGAUGUGUCAGUAAAAAAACGUUCUUAUGAUAUUAGGCUCAGAAGCACAACUUUAAAACGUGUGACUUAAAUUAACAACUCAACCGUGGUCAAAGGUUGAAUCCUCUUCUCUCAAAGUCGAUCUGUUGAUCUCUGUUUUUAACUCUCAUAUAGUUACGAUGUCCAAACUAAACGUGGGGUUUCAGAUCAUGAGGUAAACGUUUGUUGGAGUAAUCCCAGGAUGAGUCUGCAGAGGGCGCUAAACGCCUUGCUCUCACACCAUAGUUCCCCGAUAUGAAACCAAGAAUUUCAGCAGACGGCUUCAAGCCUCUGAAACCUCUUACAUAGAUUCUCUUCUCCCAGACCUGGAGAGCAGCCCUAUCCUGGCAGCCCUGCAGCGUACUGAUGGUUUUUAUUGACGGGAGUAUCAGAUAAUCAGAUCAUGAAAAGCUGCUCUAAAGGUUUCCCACACUGACGACAUGAACGGAGAACAUGAGGAGGAGGCGGAGCUUUAAAUCAAAUUAGAAACCUAAUAAGAGAGGCUUAUGUUGAAGGUCUCUGAAAAAUUCAGAUCUGCAGAAAGACUCAAGUAAAAAUAAAGAUGUGUUUUCUCAUCAAAGAUGGUUUAAUUCAAUCAAAGGAAAGAUGUGAGGAACAUGUUUAGCGUUUCAGAUUGAGUUUUUUGUGAAAGCAGAUGAUGAUGGUCGCAUGCUCAGAUACUAAUGCCUUACACUGGAUUCAAGACCAGGUUUCAGUUCCAUCACAAGUCACAGCUGGGAAUAUUUAAACAGAUGUCUUCUUCAUAUUAAUGACAGAACCUGUCUUUUUGUAAGUAAGACUGUUGACUCCUCUUCUGUGUGUCGUCUCACUGACUCGUCCAUCAACAGUUUCAACAUGUUUCUUUGACUCCAUCAGCUUGUCAUCACUUCACUCCUGGGCCGUGUUUUCUACGUUAGAAUGUACCACAUCGACUUCAUCAUGUUGCCGAGCUGUUUGUGUAAAUGUGUAAUAUAACGUUCAGUAUUGUGUGAGCUGUUAAUGCCACGUCUCUCUCUCUUUAAAAGCCAAGUAGAAAAGUGCCACAGAAACCUUCCUCAGUCGGAUUCUGUCGUCGUGUUGCUGUUCUUCUGAAUGUGAGCGUCGGUUUGUAUUUACUGUUAACGACACUGUGAAACAUCGGGCGCAUUUUUACUGAAAGCUUCUGUUUUUAUUUAUAAUAAACCAAAAAAGAACUGAA